AUGAAAUUACCAAAAAAGGAUAUAUUUAUUUCCCUUUUCUUGCUCGCUUCAUCAUCCUUAGUUAGUGGUGAUGACUAUACUGUGGGAACACCUAAACCAAAAGCUCCCAGUUCACCACAAGUACGAGAAUACAAUUUUGAUGUAAAGAAAGUCACGCUUGCUCCGGACGGUUUCAGCCGACGAUUAUGGACUGUUAAUGGCCAAUUUCCAGGUCCACCAAUUGUCACCUUCAAAAAUGAUCAAGUAAAAGUCAAAGUUACUAAUAAUCUUGGUGAUCAAGUGACUUCAAUACAUUGGCACGGCAUAAGACAAAUAGGAACCCCAUGGUAUGACGGCUCAGUCGGUGUGACUGGAUGCGCUAUACCAAACGGAAAGUCAUUAACUUAUGAUUUUAAGACACCCGAUGGAGGAACUUAUUGGUGGCACUCUCAUCAUAUGGCACAAUACACUGAUGGACUUUAUGGACCGUUUAUCGUUCAUGAUCCAGAUGACCCAUACCUGCCAUACUACGACGAAGAAUUCACGGUAAUCUUGACAGAUUAUCACCAUGACGAGAUAUCCCCUAAUCUUGGGAUCCUAGAUUUACCAUUAGGUGGUGGUUUCCGAGAGCCCAGCCCAGAUAAUGGUUUGAUUAACGGUCGAAACAAUUAUAAUUGCACCAAAGCUCCUGCUGGAUCAAAAUGCACGCCUAAUGCGGGAUAUGCUAAAUUCAAAUUCGAACGAGGAAAGCGUUAUCGUCUUCGUCUAAUCAAUACCAGUGCUGAGGCGUUGAUUUUCUUCUCAAUCGAUAAUCACGUAUUAAAUAUCAUAGAAGCAGAUGGUUUUUAUAUUAAACGUCAGGAAGCACACAGAAUUCCAAUUCACGCUGGCCAACGUGUCUCUGUAAUCGUUGUUGCCGAUCAAGUAGCCGACAAUUUCUGGAUGCGAGGAGAAAUCGACACUGUAUGUUAUUUCCAGCCACCAGUUAAUCUAGAUCCAAAAUUCAAUGCUAUUGUUCAUUAUGAAGGUGCCAAAGAGAAUGUUGAUCCAACAACUAAACCAUGGACAGACGCUCUCGAAGAUUGUAUGGAUUUGGAUCCUAAUACUCUUCAACCACUUGUUCUCGAACCUGUGCCAUCCCCAGUUGGAACCUCUUUAACAUUAUUCAACAUUGUUCAUCCUAAUGAGAAAAAUCAAGUUCGCUUCUAUAUCAAUAAUUCAAGUUAUGUCCCUGACAACGAUAACCCCACCAUCAAUAAAGUUUAUAAUAAUUACAAUUUAUCGACAAUUAAUCCCAAUCAAAAUCUUUAUACAUUCAAUAAGCCUGGCGAAGUCAUACAAAUUCUGAUUCAAAAUUUAAUAGGAGGAGAACAUCCUUUCCAUUUGCACGGGCAUAAUUUCUGGGUGUUAGGGAUUGGCCGAAACGAGACAUAUAAAGAAGGAGUUUCAACUCUAAACACGAGAACCGCAAUUAAACGUGACACCGCUGUUGUCCCUUCUGCAGGUUGGUUGGCUAUUCGUUUUGUUGCCGAUAAUCCAGGAGCAUGGAUGUUUCAUUGUCAUAUCGAAUGGCAUUUCCAAGUAGGAAUGGUUGUACAAUUCCUUGAACUUCCUGAUUUAUUGAAAAAGCUUACGCAACCACCUGAAGCUCGUAGUUUAUGCCCUUGA